GGCUAAAAUGAUUGAGAACUCCCAGGCUUGGCUCGGAGCCUCCACGUCUGCAGCAAUCGCAGAUAGCUACCAAUAUCAACUCCAGUCGAUGUGGCAGAAGUGCUGGAACACGCAGACACUGGUCCACAACCUGCGGUUCCGCGAACGCGGCCCACUCAAGUCCUGGCGGCCAGAGACUAUGGCCGAAGCCAUCUUCUCCGUGCUGAAGGAAGGGCUCUCACUCUCGCAGGCGGCCCGCAAAUAUGAUAUCCCCUACCCCACCUUCGUGCUAUACGCCAACCGGGUCCACAACAUGCUGGGACCCAGCGCUGAUGGUGGUGCAGAUUUAAGACCAAAGGGAAGGGGACGACCACAAAGGAUCUUACUGGGCGUAUGGCCCGACGAGCACAUUCGAGGAGUAAUCCGCGCGGUAGUGUUCAGAGACACCCACGCGCCCUGCGCCCCGCAGGCCACGAACCUUAAAGAGAUCGAACUGCCGGGCUACCCCGCCAUCGCACCGGACGGUGUGGCCGUUCCAAAUGCUUACAUCGGAUGUGGCAACGGCCGCGAGGGCCGCAUGUCUCCCAACGCCGCCGCCGCCGCUGCCGUGGCUGCCGUGGCGCACGGGCUGCGCCGGCAGAUGUGCAACAUGGUGGCCGGCCAGCGCCCGCCCGAUCAUCCGCCACACAUGGGCCCGCCCAUGCAGUCGUCGCCGCAGCUCACGUCACCGCUCUCCACCGGGCUAGAGUCUCCCCUGUGCUCGCCCCCGCCACCUGGCCACGCGCUGGAGCCCGCCAAGCAUCCAGAUCCAUUCCGCCCCUUCGCCUCACCGACUGAGAGCCGCUACAGCGACCGCGAUACUGCUUCUGAUAUUACGCUGAUGGGUCCCCCAAAGAAUGGACAAGGUCAUGCCAGGAAGAGCUCUGGCCAAGGCUCGUCGCCCUCCGAGCUGGAUGCGGUAGACGGGCGCGCGGACAUCUGAAGCGAGGCCGCGGGCAUGGUGCCGGUGAUGCCGCCUAUGGGCCUGCCACCGCCGCCGAUCCCGAUGCCCGCGUACAAGUACUUCGUCCCGAACGGAAACAGCUCCACCUAUUAUUAAACCGUAACGACGCGGGGUUCCUACCACCGACAGAGCUCCCUCACCCGACCGGGUAGUGCCACUCUAUGCUCUAUGGACCCCACGCCCGAUACAUUGUCUCUCUUUCAAACUGUAAGCCGAUAUAACAGUCGACGUCAUUAAUUUUUAUCACCGCAGUACAGUCAGCAUCAUUAACAGCGAUAUGUUUCAAUUUAUUGCAUUUACACUAGAGCUUGAAAGCACGUGUUAUGGUGCUGACUGUGUAAAUGAGAUGAUUUAUUUGAAUUUAUGAAACUUUCUGAAACCUCGUGAAACCAGAUCGAAUAAGAUCAUUCCUUGCAACCCAAAGAAUUUGUGUGAAUCUGUAAUGUAUUUUUGUUGACAAGUGUUUUAUGUUUUAUGCGGGACAGUUAAAACUGCGGUGAAGUUGCAAACAAUAUUGGCGGUAUAAGGAGACACGACACUGCGCUGUCGCAUAGUACUCGCUACCGUCAGGCGGAUCGAAGCGACCAGCCGCGAGAUGCCAAAUGCUGCAAUCCUCGGAUGUGGGAUUGCAAGCAGAGAGUAAUAUAAUCGUGUGAAGUGUGUGUCGGUGUAGACAGACACAUUGAGGUUCGUUGCGCCCGUUGCACAUUCCAAGGACGAACUGGAGCUGUUUACCACUCGGAGUUUAGAGACGAUCACGUGACGGGCCCGAGACGGGUUAAGUUGUUUUAAUCAAUAUUUCAAAUCGGCAUUAAUUUAUGAUCAUAUUUAAUAAAUUAUUGUGGACUCGCUGUGCAAUACAAUGCUUUGUUAUUAGUUAACUUUUGUAACAUUAUGGAUUUAUUAUAAUUUUAUCAUUAUGUAUUGUGUUCCAUUGAUAUAUUUUAAGUUUUCUUUAAUAUUGUUUGAUGGGCACGGGUGCGUGGUCGGCCACUCAGUGCGCCGGCGCCGCCCGAUUUCCACACACUAUUAUAAUCUUAUCAUAAGUAGAACUUCGAGAUACGUGUAAGCUUAAACUAAUACAUUACAAUCUAGAUCCAUCUGUGAACGUAGGGAUUAUCAAAAUUAAAAAAAAAUAUAUUAUAUAUACGUAUGUAUACAUUAUAUAAUAUAUGUAUAUUUAUUCGGCCCGAUUCAAAAGACUGUUCGGUAUACCUAUUCAUUAUGAUUCAGCAAACAUAUUUAAGUAAUGAUGAAAUGAUGGAUUAUCGUUAGAUUUAAUUCUUUAAAGUGUAGCUGUCCUCUCGUUUCAUGUCAGGUCGAUGUCAAUUUCUCUAGUAACCGUCAUAGUGGAUAGUGUGUGUUGUCGCUUGCGGGGAUCCCGCUUCUCAGCUCAUUGUUCACUGUUCGUGCAGCGAUUCACAUACGUGUAGAAUUAGUGAUCGCCAAAUGUAAUUUAGAUGUACUCGUAUCGUUAGUCAGUAGUGAUUGUUCCAAAUGUUAGGCUAUGUUAGGUGUACGCGACGGUGCCCGCUUCUAACUGUUAACAGACAAACCCCUGGCCCAAGGCACACGAUCAGAAUCAUAUAAUAUUUUGAUUCUAACUGUACUUUUCUAGUGUGGCAACAUUUUAGAACCGAGCGUUCUUUUUCUAAAAUACUUAUGAAUCAAUUCAACUUUUGGAUUGUUGUGCAGGCGUUCAAAACGCCUAUAAACGUGGUUAUAUUUAAUGCUACGAUGUUUUAGUUAUUAUAUUAUUUUCUGUUAAAUGUUCAAGGCUCGUUAUUUAUAAUUUAAAUGUUUAUAAUACACGUAAGUGACGGAAUUAAAGUUUGAUGUUACCACGGCAAGGAGAUUGUACGCUGAAAAGACAGAACAAAUAAUUUAAAACAAAACACAAGAUGUACUCUUUGUACACAAACUUAAUUCACGUCAAUACUUGUGUUGCCGCUCUACAAAAGUACAAGAUGUCACAUUCUCUCAAUGACCCAGAUUUUUUAUUAUAUUUAAGUAAUAAUUUUGUUACACUAAGAGAUUGUAAAGCUUAUUAAUAAAAUAGUGUAAUUUAAUUAAGAACUACGGAUAAAUACAAGAUUAUUUUAUUUAAUGAAGCUUUCGGAAACAAGUUUAAGGCUCACAGCUAAAACUUUCUUACAAUGAUCUCAUGACUUGACUGACUUUAUGGUUUACUAGCAAAGAGCUAGUAUGACCUAGGGUUGCAACGAUCUUCACAUGUGAUGACAGAAUCACUUAUUAAAAUGUAAUACAGAUUUUCUCUUCCCAAUAUAUCGUUUGAUCCGAAACUUCGUGAGACUUCUAUAUAAGCGUUAACUCGGAGGAGCGAGGCCCGUCGUACUUAGAUUUAGGUGCACUAAAAUCGCCAAGUACCUACUGAAUGUUCAUCAUUCAUUUGUCUGCUAUACCACCUAUGCAUGAUUAGUAUUAUACAUUUCAAUUUGCUUAUAUUAGCUAUGUAACUACUCGUAGCGAGAUCCAGUGUUAUUCGACGCUCUAUCCCGCGGGGCGGAGGUGCGCACGCGCCCUCGCCUCGUGUGUGUCGCCGUCGCUAGGACUUUAAGGUGUGUAUGUACAAAUUUGUUUUAUCAACAACUACUUCCUGGACGCAUAAUUUCGUUUCAUAGUUUGGAUUAAAAAUUACUAGUGUUACCUUCUUGCCGCAGGGGUAUCCACGAUUUAGGUAUUGUUGGCGGAAAUUGUUGGCGUUCACGUAUUCAUUUGUCGCGUUGUGGGGAGAGGCUGGCGCGUAGGAGGCGCGCACAGCGAGUGCGCUGCGCGUGCGACUGCGCGCCGGCGAGGACUCGUCGCAAAACAUGGUGACCAUGUUUUAUAAUUAGUCUCCAAGUGGCCUUGAUACUUCAUUAUUAUUUUGGUAUUUGGAAUAUCCGGUUUGGUUAAAGUUUGGAACUAGAAUAUAAAAAAGACCAAAUUAUUAAAUUUGUGAAAAAAUUAUUACAUCUGCAAUUCAGAUUAAUGUUAAAACUAUUUGGCUGUCCUUUUGGAAAUAAAUUUAAUCUAGGUAAAAAAAAUUAAAAAUUAUAUACUGGGCCUAUAACGUUUCGGACGAAUUGCGUAGAUUUUGGUAAAUUUUACUACGCAUAUUUUCUAUUGUGUAAGGUUAGGCUAAUGUGUUCAAAAAAAUAAAUUAAAAUUUAAAUUUUUUGAAAAGUAGAAAGUGCCUUCCAAAUUUUUGACCACAGUAAGUGUUGGGGGGGAUGCGGCGAAGUGGGGUUGGGGGUGGCUGGCAGCAGCCGGGCAGGGCAGGGCUCAGCGAGACGCGGGUACGUGCCAGUACAGCGCCGCACUGCUGCUACCCGCCACCCGAACGUGCUUAAAUAUAAAAGUUAGAAUAAAAUAAAAAUUCAAAAUUAUUAUAUAAAAGAUAAAUACAUAUGACUAUUAUAUAGAAAAAAAUAUACAUAAAAUUAUAUAUUUGGGCGAUGUGGUAAUACCCUGACAGGCAAGCGAUAGCUAACUAUUCGGUGUCCAAAUUGAUUCUAUUUCUUUGUGAACGAUCACACGGUCGCUAAAAUCCAUUAAUUAAACAAUGCAGACAUGCAAGUGCCAUUUGUUUUAAACUGAAUCACUUAUGGUUCAUAUUUUUUUGUAUCAGAAUGUGGAUUUUGUAGUUAUAAUUAAUCAUUAAUUUAUUGUAUUGGAAAAAAUAUACAUUUCGGAUAACAUAAAUAAGUACCUAUGUGUUAUUUUCGUGAUAGAUAAGUAAAAACAACUUGUAGUAAUAUAAUAUACACCUACGGAGGCGGUUUUGGUUCGUUUGUAAUUUACAUGAAUAGAUGUUAAUUUUUUUUAUAUUAGUUAAUCUAAUCGUUACUGGCGACCAUUACAAUGUGUUAUACUGCAUGACAAAUCUUAACUUUUUUGUGAUAAAUAUAUAUAAUUUGAAGAACGAUAUUGUAUAUCUACUGAUAUGAUUGCUCUUUUGGAUUAUUAUAAUUGUGGAUAUUUAUUUGAUGUAGCGCAACUGCCGCUGUUGGGCUCAAAUUGACCUUUACUUUAGUAGCAUGUCCAUUGUAACCAAAAAUAUUUUACUUUUACAAUUCCAGUGUUUAAUGUGCGACUGUUUAGUUUUAAGUAUCAUUGUCGUUAGGUAUCUGCAUACUGGUACCUAUAUAUAUUGUCUACUUGCUUUUUACUACUUGUAGGUAUCAGGUAACGACCUAGGUACAUAUCACAGAUUAGGUUUUGUCACCCCAGUACUUUUGUAAGUAGUAUUAUUAGUUAGAUUUUUGUUAAUAGAUUUUCACUUAAACCUAUACUUCCUUCUUCAUCUUAUUUGUGUCUUCUUAAAUGAAAUCAGUUGGGUUGAUCCACUGCGUUGACCUGUCUUAUUAUUGGGAUGACAAAAUCAAAUGAAACAAGUAUUUUCAAAAAAAAAAAAAAAUGUAAUUUUAAUUUAAUACAAUAUUGUAAACAAACGUUAACUUGGUUAGUCAGCGAUAAUGCUAUUGUUAUUAGAUUUCACUAUAACACCGGUAGGUUCUGGCAAAGUUUUGUGUAUUAGAAAAAGAAGCUUAGGUACUCCAUAUACAAUGUACCCAGAAAUAGUAAAUUAGUAAUAGACAAAACAGUGUCAGGACCGCGGUGAGCACAGGUUACUUCUUUAAUUCAGUUAUUUAUUAUUAAGAUAAUUUCGAACUUAUGUUAUUCUGUGUUCCUGAAAUGGUGUAACUUUAUUUGUAUGUAGGUAAACACGUAUAAUUAUAAUAACUGUAAGUAAGUGUUUAGACUGUUGCCACGCUAUAUCUACACUAUCUCAGUAGAAUCAUCGUUUCGUAACCCAUCUCUUCGAAUAACGUUCGAAUCUUACGAUAUAUUUAUGUGGAGUCUCAAAGCAGAUAAUUCGCUACAAUCGCUAUAUUCUUAGUGGUGUUACGAUUACUUAUAAAGGCACAGAGUUAGUAAACGAUGAUUGUACUAGUGGCACACUAAUAUCGAUACAUUCAGUGUUUAUCUUAAGUACAAUUUAUGAAAAUUGAUGUAAUCUUUUAUUCAUGCUGGUAUUCGUAUAGAUGUUACCCAAGUGAACACAGGUCUAUAAUGGCCGGUAAAUAAAUACAUUGUAUGUAGUAUAUCUGUCUCCAUUAAAUUCAUUAAUUUAAGUUUGUUAUUGUCACAGUGUACCGUUGUCUGAAUAAAUAAUAUAACAUGAAAAUAGAGCAAGCGUGUUGUUUUAUUUCUGAGUAGUUAUUUUUUUAUUUUGUUUUGUUUUGCCCUGUCCCCUGGUAUGUAGGGAACUGUUUAUAGAUGGCGCUAAUGUUUAUUUACAUCUUUACAAUUCUUUUGGAGGUUACCAUUCAGCUCAAUAGAUGUCGCUAAAGUAGCGAUUGAUCCAGAUGCAGUGAUUGGAUAAUUAGCUGUCAUGAUACAUGAGCUCUAUCUGGUGGCCAAGAAGCCGAAGCCCUAAGACUGAAUUUUGUGCAUAUUUCUAGGUUUUUAGGAAUGUUAACAGAAGUUGUAGCAUUUAUUAAAAAAACAUUGAAUUUAAUUAAGUAGUUUAGUAUAUAUUAUACGUACUACUAAACUACCGUUUAGGCAUUCUCCAUUAGGUAUGGAGAAAUAUGGAGAAUAACGGGAAAUAUUAAUCUCCUUCUCCUAUGAAUAGGUAAUUCAGUACAUCACUUACUUCAGAGUCACCAAGUUAAGUAGGCUCAACCUCACAUACACGCAGGUGGUUUGAUUUACAUAAAACGUGCAGUCAUAGGAGCGCCCCCUCGCUCUAUUUAGUGGCAAUUCUGAAUGUGAAUAGAAGAACGGAUAGAAGCCUAGAUAGCCUUGACUAAUAUCUUAUAGGUUCUAUUUAAUCGAAAAUAGCAACACAGCAAAAUAUAAUUUAUCUGUGUCUACUUGGUACCUGUGUUUACUUGGGCGGUAGGUAGGUAACCCUAAAAAUAAACAUUGCAUAUCUUCGAGAUUAGUUUUAAUGUAGGUAUAGAUAUUAACUUAACAAUACUAAUAUCUGUAGCCUAACCAAGCCCGUUAUAUUACAAAGUUAAAGAAACUAAAAUUUGACAAGUUGGAGUAUACAUGUGGUACAUGGCACCCUGACGUCACAAAGUGGUGCAUAAAUUUGAUAGAUCUUGAUGCAUUUUUUUCAUUAUUGUACCAGGAUAUAGAGGUAUAAUGUAGCAAAACAUAAUUAUACAAAUAAUGUUACAAAUGACUUAAUACAUUGCAUGAUAGACCAUUAGACAAACAGUAAUAAAUAAGCCGAUGAUGUAGGUGGCUAGGCUACAUCAUGUUACAAUGUCCAACCAACCUAGUUAUUUUGUUGAAGGUCAAAAAUAAACGAAAAUUUUGCUCACAAGAUGUUGUCACAAUAUUUUUUUUAGCGGUGUGUUGUGAUUACUUUCAUAUACAUACUUACUACAUUCUCAAUUUCACAUGCAAGUUAGUAGUGCUGUGAUUAGCAAAUUUUUCAUUUUAUGACGAAUUUUGACGCAAACUGCAAUAAAGCAGUUUGUUAACAUUGAGAGUAGUAUACAUUUUGGUUUACACGAGAAAUUGUUUUACAUAAUUAUAUUAUGAAUGUCGGCGAGGUAGGACAGAACGUAAAUAUAAUAAAUAAGUAUAAAAUAAAUAAAGAGGGUACUUAGAUCUACGUAUCUUAACGCUAAUAAGUCGAUUAUAAUGUAGGUAUGAUAACUGUGUCAUAUGUAAGUAGGUAUGUAAGUAGUUUAGAUUAUUCAUAGUCCAUAGGUAUCUUACGAGACUAACAACCUUUAAUAGAAUUAUGUAAUAUGAGUAAAUGCUUAGAGUACUUCCUAAUUGGUAUAGUUGACGAAAAGUUUAUAGUACGUAGGUAUAUUAUAUCAAUGACGAUCAAAAUCUAUUUAAUAAAACCAUGCUCAGAAAUGUAUCAGAACCUCAACUGAGAACUUUUGAAUAACGCCAUCUACUGACAUAUUCAAGAAACCAAAGUUCCUCAGAUCCAAAACACCAAACCCAAAAGGCUCGAGCAAGAUGAUAAAAUAAAGUCAUUAAAUGCCACUAAGCCGACCUUAGGUCAAAAUUGCAAAAUUCUCAGUCCUAUCACUCUUUCUACGAUACUGUUUUAUAGUCACUAUCACUAAAUAUUAAAAUUAAUUCGCAAAUAGAAAAAAUCUUUGCUGUAAUGGUACUUUUAGCCUGCACAACCUACUAACACCUCCAGCGUUUGAGGCAUAUGCUCUGAAUUACCAUUUUGGUAAGUACCUAAUUCUAUAACAUACAUUAAGCUUUUCCAUUGUGCACUUUGAGGAACACAAUAAUAUAGGCAGUGUAUUGUCUAUACGGCUCAAAAACAUUUAUUACAACUACAAAUAGAAGCUAAACUUAGUACCAAUUAUGUACCUACAGAACGCAGUAAAAUCUAUCAUAAAAUGUAUUGUUUUGAUUGUUUUCUACCAAUCGCUGUCUAGCGGUAGUCGCAGUAGCCCAAAUGCUAAGCACUCAACAAUCCAAUCCGAAUGUUUGCCCGGUCUUACAUAAUGUCUGCCAGAAAGUAAGUUCGCUCCCAAAAAAAUGGCGCACGCACCACGACAAACCUCUCAACGUCUCAAAGAUUAAAGCGCCAUCUCCUACUUAUGACAUGAACUACUUUUAGCCGUAGUGAAACCAAUACCAUUUUAAUUUGUUUGAGUGUUCAACAGAGGUCUCUCUAAGCUAUAGUAAAGUAGUACCAUUGUAAUGUUGUAUGUGUCUGUGGCAGCCUUAGAUAAGGUGGCAAUAGCACAUGGAAUGGAACGUUGAUAGGAAACUGAACCGAGCGAAUAAAGCAUUGAAGAAAAAAUUCAAUUAUGACAUGCUCUCAAAUAUCCUCACUUUAAAGGCCGUUAGGACGCUAGAUCAAGACAAAGAUUACACUUACAGGCCAAAGAUGCAGUUGAAAGAAUUAACAUCGAGAGUUCGCAAAAAUAACAUUUUAGCAUUGGGUUCUUUAACUAUCCAAGCCAUGGGAGAACCCAUUCAAACUGCUUUGAAAAUUAACUAAAUUUGGCAGAAUUCCUACUCGUAUAUACGGAGACGUUAAGUUGCACAAUAAUUAUAGUAGUCACAAAUUCCAAAUAAAUUAUUACCUUACUAACUUCAUUAUGUAUUGUCUUUGAAUUAAAACCAGUCGAAGGCCUAUCUCAUUAAAUAGCAGGGCCGGUUCUAUCAGUCAAAGUCUGGUCAAGAUCAGUUACCAGUCAAAUACAAAAUGUAGGCUUGAAAAUAUGUAGAUACCUAAUGAAUAAAAAAUAUUUUUUUUUCUGAAUUACUAUUGUAUAAGUACUAUUUAAAAAUAUUGAUUUUAAGAUUUUAUGAGAUGUGAUUUUUAUGAAAACUGGUAUUCUUGAUACCCCUGUAGCAACUAAGUAUAUUUGGACGGAGAGUCAAAAACUCUGUCCUGUUUUUUUUAACUUCAUUUCACUAGUCGCUCAUUGUGCUUCUAUGAAAAUAUAUUGGCUUUGUGGCCAUUGGUAAACGUUUUACGAAGCUGUUAAGUCUAUAGUAUAAUAUCUAGACUAUCAACUACAGACUAACAAAAUAAUAACAAUAACCUUACCAAAACUUUACUACCUUUACGCCCCCUUUCAUUAUCUGGAUAUGUUCUAACCAUAAGUUAAAAUCAAGAACUAGUCAGAGAAUUAUAAAACGGUUAAUAAUAAUAAAAAAAAAACAAAAACAACAUAAAUCGUAAAACAAAACAGAAAAGAAACAAAAUAAAAACUUGAAAACAAUUGAAUUUAUUAUAAUUAUACAUAAAAGCAAAAGGAAUUGAAGAAAUAAAAGUGAAAUAAUAACAACCCGACAUUGCCGUCUAGUACCACCAUACAUGCAGUUGUGCUGUCAAUUUGUUCGAACGGGCGAUACGCACGCGCGGCGACGACGCGCAAUUACUUAUUGUAAGUAACUUCGGUGACCAUUUUAAGGAUUUGAAACAAAACAACAACAAUUUCAUAAAAAAGUAAGUACAUACUGAUUAACAGUAACGUUGCGAGUCGUCUCCCGCGCUCGUAAGUAUAUCGCUACAAUAAAAUAACCCAAGUAUGUGAUCAAAACUGCCCCAUUUAAUUUUCAGCUCCCCAUGUUUCACGCACGUUACGAAUACACGGCGCACACUCGCCCGUUUACUUGACAGAAUUCGUUGGUGAAUUGGAAAUUACAUAAUAAAAUUAAUAAGAUUCGAUAGAAAAUGCCGUAGUUACAUCGGGGCUAGAAAUAUGUAUCAACUAUGUUAUACUUGAGCAAAGUGUGGAAAAUGUAGGUACGAGGUCCAUGCGACCGGUGGACUCAUCCACGGACUGUCAAUGUUAUCGACUACACGGGCCAAACAUGGUACGCCAACUAAUUUAUUUCUAACCCCGGCUAUGGAAACAUUUUGGUUUUACAAAAUACUUAGUGUAAUAAUUACAUUUUAAAACUAAAAAGAACUACAAUAAGCCGUAACUAAUUAAAUUUCAUGUCCAUCAUUACUUCCGCGACAGUUCCGCGUCUGAUCUUAGAACUAAUAACAAAUAGAGACCGAAUGUAUUUCAAAAGGAGGUGAAGGGUAGAUAACAAAGACAUACAGCUGAGUGUGAUGGUCGGUAGUACAGGAGUAACUACAAUUUAAUACUUUAAAUAUUACACUAUAACUAUGCUUCAGUCUUCGUUUAAUUAUUUAAUAUUACAGCCAUUUAUGAAGAGUAGCGGCUACAUAAACGCGACCUUCAAUGACCACAUUAUUAUUUGUAUAUAAAUAUACCGGGUGGUCCAAGUAGUGACGUAAAUUUUAUUUUAGAUUCCUCACAGCUGGGUGUGUCCAAAAAUACCCCAUGUAUGUUCUGCAUUUUUUGUAGUUUUCGAAUUAUACUUGUUUUUGCGUUUUUGUUAAUGUGAAUACAUUAAGUGUGAGAGUUGUAUUAUUUUUCCAGAAAGAUCUAUUAGGCAUGCACGGCCGGUCGAAUGGUCUGUUCCUUCGCUACCCCAUCGAUUUUUUUUGUUUGGGGAUUCUACAAAGACCUGUACACGGGAGACAGCAACAACGAAACAGAAUUACAGAAGCAGAAAUACAAGAAUAUUAUUCGAGUAGCUUCAGUCAAUUGUGUAUUCAAGUUUGAGAGAGGGAGAAUUUUGAAAAUUUGUUGCAAACAGUAAGUUGUCCCAAUCUUAUCCAAAAACAGGUACUUUCACAUUCAUUGCAAACAUUACACAGUCAUGUUACCGGAAUUUCGAUAAAAAUAUAUUCCAAUUCUAAUUUUUACUUUAGUCGAUUUCAAAUGCCGAUGAUAACAAAAAGGCUUAUAAAGUACUAUUUUUUACGAUAUUAGUAGUUCAGGACCCUACAAAGUUCUUAAACUUAGCUUGAAGCUAUAAAAUCUGCUUUUUUAUAUUUUUAAAUCGGUGUUAAAUUUUUGAGUAAAUGCUGCUUCAAACUAAAGUUCUUACUUACAACCCGUAUUUGGGUAACUUAAACCAAUUUCAGGACGCUAAGUUAUUGUUAUAUUAACACAACAUUUAAGACAAUGAUGUCAGAAAUGGCACCAAAAUACGUCAAAAAGUUAUGAAUUUCUGAAACCUUAAUAAAAACACGUACAAGUAACUCAAAAAAUCGCGGAACAUACAUGGAGUAUUUUUGGAUACGCCCAGGUGUGAGCAAUCUAAAACAGUAUUGACAUCACUACUUGGAGCACUCUGUAUACAACAAAUAAAUACACGCGCCGCGGGUGUAUUAUAGCCACCCGCUGCAUUACGUUACGUUAAAAUUGCAAAGUCAAUUGCAUACGCACAUACUAACACCACCGAGAAUUAUGAUUAUUUAAAUUGUUUACAUCUUAAUUCGGUAUCAUUACAAGUCUGAAAUGUUUAUUAAUGUUUAUAAUAUUAGAGAUGUACAUUAUCUUAAGUGACUAUUAAACAAGUUAAGCGAUAAAACUGCUGGCCAUUAAAUUGAGAUAUUUGGGGACGACACAGUAUUCAUUAGAAAAAUUAAUUACACAAAAUAAAUAAUGAAUUAAUUAAAUAACAUCAUAUUAUCGGACAACACAAUAACAAAUAAUUGAAUUAAGUGAAAUAAUCAAGAAAUAAAAUUAACUAAAAAUUACGGACUACUCACUUGAAUAUACUGAGAAAAGCUCUACUAGUUUCGAUGCAGUAAUGUCAGUGCAAGUAGGCUGCGCGACAUAGCCGCGACGGCGCACGCUGCUCAUGAGGAAGGAGUCAAUCUGUGACUCGAGAUUAGCAAAGCUUUUCUAAGUAUAUUCACGUGAGAUGUGUCACGCUAGUUAUUAUAAAUAAAAUUAACAUGAUCUAUGGGAAACAGGUGCCCAAUGACAAAGAAAAAUAAAAUAAAUGUAUCCAUUUAACUAUUAUUGCAAAAAUCAAUAAAAUACAAUAUUCAUACAUAAUUUAAGUAUCUUAACUAAAAUUAAAUAGUUAAAAAGUCAAAUGAAUAAAAUAACAAUAAAAAAAAUAUUAUACUGUGCCGAGUUUUACACAUCACGGAGAAGCAUCUUAAAAAUAAAAAUAAAAAAAUAGACUUAACAUCUAAUUCCGAUUUUCAUCUCUUUGGAACACAGAGUAAAAAAUAAAGGAAUUUGGCAAUGCGACAUGGUUGUUUAGCCACCAUUUUUAUCUACUGAACAUUUUAACAACUAGAACUAUAGUAAUGGUAUUGAAUUGAUUAUUUAUCAUAUGAGUACAUCGUGGAUACUUGAGUUACGCAAGACUAUAGUAAGUAAAAUAAGUCCAUUUGCACGUUGCGCAAAAACAGUCCGGUGGGUACAACUGAUCCCCUUGCCACGUCGACGGUACACUUUCACACCCGCGUCUCCUCGUUCGACCUUCAUGCUGACUCUGCAGCGCCGAGUGACAGCAGCCGACUGAACCUCGCCUCUCUCGUCAUCGCUGUGUUGGUCGGCCGUCGCGCGUCGCAACGCAUCAUUCGACAGAGCGCUAUCAUCGGUUACACUACUAUUAUGAUAUGCACCACUGUGUACCGAUGACAUCUAAUACGGGGUCUUCAGUAUGAGAUUCUAGUGCUUACACUCCUAAAUUGCAGACUUUAUUUCUUUCGUUUGACAUCCAUAGACCUAUAAUGGCAAGUGACGUAAGUCGGUGUCAUGGAAUAUCAAAGAGCUAAAGUUUAUUAUCAAUCUCUGUCGAAUCAUGCUUUACAACACUAUCAGACGGUAAAGGACUUAUGACCCGAAAAAAUCGAUUUAAUCUUACAUAAUGUGAUGCUUUUGGCUGCUAUGGGUGAGCCGCGUCAUAAACUACUAGAUUAAAAUAUACCAUUCUCCAGGUCGAGUAAGUAUUUGUCCGUUACCGUCAUGGCCUGGUGGGGAUUUAUAUUAUGCUGCUGUUAUAGCGUCAGUUUGUGUUAAAUACUAAGGCCGUUGUCAUGCUGUAUAAAUUAUAACACUAUGCUACAUAUCACGUCCAAAUGGGCUCUAUGACUUAUACAGCAUCACAGGACCAUACGCAACAUUCACACAUAUCCUUUCAACAAAUCCAGAUGGGAUUAUAAAAAAGGGACAAACUAUAGGACGCAAGCAGCCACGUUAAGGACCGACACAGACACUAAGAUGCACUUUAACAGUGCCAAGGCGCGUAGAGGUUUGCGUAGCGACGCAAGAGGCGUCGGUUCAGUCGUUGCUAUUCGUCGCACUUACGGCAAGCCCCAGGGACAUCGAAGUCAAGAACGAGUAGCUUGGUUUCCUCUGUGCCAUUGCGCGAACCGACGGCACAGAUGAGUUUAGUAGCGGAAGCACGAAUACGCCAAACAACACCACCGGAACCACCAGAGCCUAAUACCACCAGAUUUCGGAUGAACUCUCCCGUGUGGACAUCCCAUAACUUGACAGUGCCGUCAUCCGAAGAGGUGAUAACGAACCGGUUGCUCGACUGAAGGCAGGUGACGGCUGACUGGUGCUUGUUGGGACCUGUAAAGCAAAAAUGUUGAUAUUUAAUACUUACUAUUAAUAAAAUAUUCUAAUUAUUAUUUAAGAUUCAUCACUUACCGGACAAGGUGUGGAGACAGUGUCCCGUGGUUAUAUCCCAGACCUUGACAGUAGAGUCGGCAUUACCAGACACCAGGAUAUUGGAAUGCAGUUCCAUACCCGACGUGAGAGACUGGUGGCCAGUCAGGGUAUGCUUGAGUUGUCCAGUUUCUACAUCCCACACCCGGAUAGAAGUAUCCAAAGAGCCGCUGACCACAUGAACGCCAUCAAA